GUGGCGCGGUGCGGCUGUCUUUCCAGUCGGGCUCGGAGGCGUCCUUCGGAUCAUGUCUGGUGGUUCUGCGGACUAUAACAGAGAACAUGGCGGCCCAGAGGGAAUGGACCCCGAUGGUGUCAUCGAGAGCAACUGGAAUGAGAUUGUUGAUAACUUUGAUGAUAUGAAUUUAAAGGAGUCUCUUCUACGGGGCAUCUAUGCUUAUGGUUUUGAGAAGCCUUCAGCUAUUCAACAGAGAGCUAUUAUCCCUUGCAUUAAAGGGUAUGAUGUGAUUGCUCAAGCUCAGUCAGGUACUGGCAAGACAGCCACAUUUGCUAUUUCCAUCCUGCAACAGUUGGAGAUUGAGUUCAAGGAGACCCAAGCACUAGUAUUGGCCCCCACCAGAGAACUGGCUCAACAGAUCCAAAAGGUAAUUCUUGCACUUGGAGAUUAUAUGGGAGCAACUUGUCAUGCCUGCAUUGGUGGAACCAAUGUUCGAAAUGAAAUGCAAAAGCUGCAGGCUGAAGCACCACAUAUUGUUGUUGGUACACCAGGGAGAGUGUUUGACAUGUUGAACAGACGGUACCUGUCUCCAAAAUGGAUCAAAAUGUUUGUUUUGGAUGAAGCUGAUGAAAUGUUGAGCCGAGGGUUCAAGGAUCAAAUCUAUGAGAUUUUCCAGAAAUUAAAUACAAGUAUUCAGGUCGUGUUGCUCUCUGCCACAAUGCCAACUGAUGUGUUGGAAGUGACCAAAAAAUUCAUGAGAGAUCCGAUUCGAAUCUUGGUGAAGAAGGAAGAAUUGACCCUUGAAGGAAUCAAGCAGUUUUAUAUAAAUGUUGAGAGAGAGGAAUGGAAGUUGGACACACUUUGUGACUUGUACGAGACACUGACUAUCACACAGGCUGUUAUUUUCCUCAAUACAAGGCGCAAAGUAGACUGGCUCACCGAGAAAAUGCAUGCCAGGGACUUUACAGUUUCUGCUCUGCAUGGUGAUAUGGAUCAGAAGGAGAGAGAUGUUAUCAUGAGGGAAUUCCGUUCAGGGUCAAGCCGUGUUUUGAUCACUACUGACUUGUUGGCUCGUGGAAUUGAUGUGCAACAAGUGUCUUUGGUUAUAAACUAUGACCUACCUACCAAUCGUGAAAACUAUAUUCACAGGAGUCGAUAGCACCAGUUGAUGACGAGAUGGCACUCAGAAACGGCGUUGACGUAAUUUAGGACGUGGAUUCAUAAGCGAAACAGCACACUGUUUGAAUAAAGAGCGAGUCGGUAUUUAUAUUUGUUUUUCUUUUGUCAUGAUUAUUUGAUAUUUUAAGUUGUUCCAGCCAAGGCAUUUUGUAUGUUAGCAUUUCUUAGGGAGCAUUAGGUGGUUUGUAUUGUCUGGUUUCUAUAGGAAGGUAGAGAGCUGUUUUGGAGGUAACACGUUUUGAGUAAUUGAGUAUACAACGUGUGAAACUGAACAAAAAAAGCAGUGAUGAGUUUGGGUUUACCCUGCCAAAUUUGUUUUCCCACUGGAAAAGUUGUCAGGUUUUAGAAAAUAGUUAACCUACAGCAUUUUGUAUUUACAGUUUACAGUUCCAGAAGUGCGUCGAGUGGAUUACAUAACUGUUCUCUUUUAUCCCUGGUGUUUACAUCUGUCCCAGGCUGACUACUGCUCUUGGCUGGCCCACUUUGGUAUGGGCUUUAAUUUCACUACCCCAAACACAAUACUGCCAUCUGCUUUAUUAUAAUUAAUGCUCAAGGCGCCUGAUAAAUAUCUCAUUUUUGCAGCCAGACAAGCCUUGAAUCCUUUUGGCACUAACUGCAAAGGAAGAUUUUUUUCCUCCAUGUAUUGAUUUUAGCAGCUAAUGCUCCAAUUAGAAGCACGAUCUAUAACCUUGAUAAGUAAACAGCAGCUGAUGGUUAACAAGUGGAUCAUCAUGUUCAAUAAGUUCAUAAAACAUUUGAGAAGUAAUGUUCUUCUGAUUGCCCUUUUCUUUCUCUUAUACAGAAUUGGCAGAGGGGGUCGAUUUGGGAGGAAAGGUGUGGCUAUAAACUUUGUUACUGAAGAAGACAAGAGGAUUCUUCGUGACAUUGAGACUUUCUACAAUACUACAGUGGAGGAGAUGCCCAUGAAUGUGGCUGACCUUAUUUAAUUCCUGGGAUGAGAGUUUUGAAUGCAGUGCUCGCUGUUGCUGAAUAGGCGACCACAACGUGCAUUGUGCUUCUUUGGGAAUAUUUGAAUCUUGUCUCAAUGCUCAUUACGGAUCAGAAAUACAGAUUUUGAUAGCAAAGCGACAUUAGUCGUGAGCUCUGUGAGGAAAGUCCUUGGCUUCAUCCUCUUUAGAGUUAGACUGUUGGGGUGGGUAUAAAAGAUGGGGUCUGUAAAAUCUUUCUUUCUUAGAAAUUUAUUUCCUAGUUAUGUAGAAAUGGUUGUAUUAGAUGUUCUCUAUCAUUUAAUAAUAUACUUGUGGACUAAAAGAUAUAAGUGCUGUAUAAAAUCGGCCAAUUAUGUUAAACUAGCAUAUCUGCCUUUACUGUGUUUCUCAGCCUGAAUAGAAAGGCCUUUAAAAUUGAUUUUUUUAGAAAGCAUUUGAAUGCAGUUUGUUUGGUAUUGUAUUUAUUCAAUUAGUGCUAAGUGUGAAAUGGACCCUGUUGCUAAACCCCAGCAAGCAAUCAUAUCCUAGGUAGGGUUAAACUCCCAGUAAAAUUGCCAUAUUGCACAUGUCUUAAUGAAGUUUGAAUGUUAAAUAAAUUGUAUAUUCACUUUAAAAA